AGCGCUGUUCUGAGAAGGAAAGAGUUCCGGGGACCGUACGUGCGUCUGCGAGGGUUCACCGAAUUUCACAUACGAGGUUUCGUCGCGGCCACAAGUAAAACGUGUGGCUCGUAUCAUGAAUGUGAAUGUAGUCAGCAUAGCAGAGAGGUGGUGUCGAGAAGGUGGUUGACACGCCUUCAUAUAUUUGAGAUGAUUGAGAGCGUAUCACGCAGAGCGUUGAGUGGCUCCAGUGGGAGCUACCACGUUCGUGGUGCUGAAUUAGCAAGGAAUCGCAGAUUGAAAUCUUUAUCAGCUACUGUUACUUUUUUAGACGAUACACAACACACAUUUCAAUUAGAUAAACGAGCAAAGGGGCAAGUUCUAUUGGACUUGGUGUUUCAACAUCUAGAACUUAUUGAAAAGGAUUACUUUGGUUUACAAUAUGCAGAAAAUGGAGUUAACGCGACUAUUCCUACAUCUGAUGUAAUGAGAUGGCUGGAUCCCUCUAAGCCCAUAAAAAAGCAGAUAAGAAGUAAGGGUGGACAUUUCUUUUUCAAAGUAAAAUUUUAUGUAUCCGAUCCUAGCAAAUUACAAGAGGAAUACACCAGAUACCAAUUUUAUUUACAAAUACGAAGAGAUAUUCUUCAAGGGAAACUUCAGUUGCCUCCUAGUACAGCUUGUCUAAUUGCAAGUUACACAGUGCAAUCGGAAUUGGGAGAUUAUCAUCCAGAGGAACAUGGGUCAGGCUAUCUCUCGCAAUUGCAAUUGAUACCUGGACAGACGGAAGAUAUGGAAAAGAAGAUAUCAGAGCUACAUAAGCUGCAUAAGGGACAGUUGCCAGCUGAUGCAGAAUUCAAUUUUUUAGAUCAUGCAAAGCGUUUGGAUAUGUAUGGAGUGGAAUUACAUAAAGCGAGAGAUUCGACAAACAAAGAGAUACAAUUAGGCGUUACGUCGAUCGGUUUGGUCAUAUUUCAAAACGGCAUUAAAAUCAACGUAUUCUCAUGGUCGAAAAUAGUUAAGAUUUCUUUUAAGAGAAAACAAUUUUUUAUACAGCUUCGACGAGAACAAUCUGAAACCUACGAUACAUUACUGGGCUUCAACAUGCAGACUUACCGUAGUUCGAAAAAUUUGUGGAAGGCCUGCGUCGAGCAUCACACUUUCUUUAGGCUGCACAGUCCGAAAAUGCGACCAAAACGGUUUCCCCUCACUUUAAGCAGCAGGUUUACGUAUUCGGGGCGAACGGAAUUUCAAACGGUUGAAGAUGGGAAACACAGAGCGCGCGUGGAAAGGACGUUUAUACGAUCACCCAGCAAGAAAAUAGCUCAUGCUAUUGCGUCUGUUACCGAAGACAAAGGCAAGAUGACAAUACCUCCUGGAAGAUCUUCACGAUCGUACGACAAUAAGGUGCAGUCCCUCGGUGCACGUGAACCACGUCAGGCGUGGGGUGAAGGAAAUCAAAGUGACGAUGAAGGUGGUUUUUUAUCUUUGAGGGAAGAAAUAACAGCAAGCUACACGCAAGGUGGAGCGUUCUCUCCAGCGUUAGGAUCUCGAAUAUUCAGUUACGCGGAUGACGAUACAGCUGCCGAAAGAAAUAUCUAUGAUCUGCCAGAUUAUAGCGAACCAACUAGUUCGCCAGCACCGCAAAUAUUGGAGGAUGGUCUAGUGACGAUAUCUUUGACACCGGACGAACAAGGCCGUUUUGGCUUUAACGUAAAAGGUGGAUUAGAUUUAGAUAUGCCGAUCUUGGUGUCACGCGUUGCCCCGAACACACCCGCUGAUCGCUGCUAUCCAAAACUGAACGAGGGAGAUCAAGUUGUUUACAUCAAUGGAAUCGACGUUAGUGGCUUGUUGCAUGAGCGCGUGGUAAAUUUAAUACGGCAGUCACGCGACCGCGGAUCCGGUGAACUCACGCUAACUGUCAGACCUAAUGCCCUGUAUAACGCAUUGGCUGGUACCGACGAGACAUCUGAGGAAGAGCCACCUUAUAGAUAUGUACCUGAUGCACCUCAUGCGGCCAUUGGAUCUGAUGCAUUGGCGCAAUCUAUGCUGUUGCUCGCGGAUGGUCUAGCGAGCGGUGCCCUGAUCGCGCAAUACGAACAAUUAUACAGAAAGAAUCCGGAACUCACGUCACUCGAAUCGAAGAAACCAGAGAAUCAGUCGAAAAAUCGUUACCGGGAUAUAUCACCGUACGACGUUACUCGAGUAAUUUUGAUGGGAUCUGCAAAUGGAGAUUACAUUAACGCCAAUUAUGUGAACAUGGAGAUACCAGGAUCAGGGAUUAUUAAUAGAUACAUCGCUACGCAAGGCCCGCUGUCUUCCACUGUCGCCGACUUUUGGCAAAUGGUUCUAGAAGCCGGUAGUACGCUCGUUGUUAUGUUGACGACCCUAGUUGAACGCGGUCGUGCAAAGUGUCACCAAUACUGGCCGGCGUAUAAUGAGACUCUGACGUUAAGAAAUCUUACUCUUACGUCGACCGCAGAAAACGUCGAAGAUACAUUUAUUUUUCGAGAAUUUAUACUCCGCGAUGUCAAUACCGGAGAAGAAAGAGAUAUAACGCAUAUGCAGUAUUGUAGCUGGCCUGACCACGGAGUGCCCAGUGAUUGGCGACAAUUUACCACGUUUACAGAGCGCGUGAGAGCAGCUCGUACUGGAAUAGUCGAACCUGCGGUUGUGCACUGUUCCGCUGGCAUAGGACGAACCGGUGUGCUAGUUUUAAUGGAAACUGCAUUGUGUCUAAUUGAAGCUAAUCAACCAGUCUACCCAUUAGAUAUUGUACGCUCUAUGAGAGAUCAGAGAGCGAUGAUGAUACAAAAUGCUAGUCAAUAUAAAUUUGUGUGUGAAGCAGUCCAUAAGGCUUACAGCGAAGGAAUAGCUAAGCCACUUCCAGAGUUCAGUAGGUGAAAAUGAAAAUUCAAGAGAUGGGCAGCAUUGUAAUUAUACCAUUUCUUCUCUUACAUUUUGCAUCAAACAUCAUGCCACUAGAAAGUAGUUUUAUACUUUGACAAUAACGUAUAUAAUAUAUAUUUAAUCUAGCAUAUCCUAAAUAGAAAAAAAAACACGUUUAUUAUGUACAUAUAUCUCAUUAAUACGUAACUGACAUCCAGUUUUCAUUCACCGCUUUAUUAAAAAAUGUUUAUUUCUUAAUUUUAUUGUACACAGGAGAUCGAUUAGUAUUUUAGUGAUUUCUAUUUAAUUUCUUUAUACGAAAUAUUUAUUGAAAUAUUUCAUGCAAAAUGUGAUCUUAUUUGUCGUGUAUGUUAAUUUUUUUUAUAAUAAUUUAAAAUAUAUUUCUGAUACAUAAUAUAUAUCUAAGAAAUGUGAAGAUGGCGAUGUAUUACUAAAUGUACGACGUAGUACUAAACUUAUGAAGGAAAUAACUAGAUUUAAAAAAUUGCGCAAAAAAUUCUAGACGCAACGUAACAUUUGUGCAAAUUAACUGUUUUAAAUAAUGAAUUCAAUUUUAUUUAAAAUGAGAAUUUAACAUUUACAUUUGAUUUAUAUUAAAUAGAGGAAUUGCUUUAAUUAAUAUAACAAAAACUGCCAUUAUAUUAUAUACAAUUCAAAUAUUAGCACAUAUUUUUACAUUAAUUAUUUUAGGUAAUUUAAGAUCGAAUUCUUUUAGAGAAAGAUAUAUGACGCAGUGUCAUUUAUUGUAAAACUCUUUUUAAUUUUCAAGCAUUAGAUAUGUUGUGAAAGAUUAUAAGAAAUCAAGAGAAUUAUAUAUACUAAUGCAUAAAUUAAUAUAUUUACAUCACACAAAUUUCAAGUACAAUUAUGGGACAUAAUGAAUAAAAAGAUAACAAAUAAGAGGUUUGGAUAUGAUGAUAGAAAUAAAAUGAAGUACGCGAUAUAAAUAGAAUAUACGCAAUUAAAUGAGUUUAAUGUACUAAAUGUUUAGCUUAGUGGUAUUAUCACAUAAAUUAUUGAUGGUAAAACUUGAGUGAAUUUGGAGGUGAUUUCACUCUACAUCAAAAGUUUCAUAAUUACUAAAAACUGAAUUAUAAAGAUGAAGGUAGAUGCAAUUGAUAUUUUUGCAUUAAAUUUUGGUUUUACACAUUAAUCAACUCCAAAUUUGUCAAGGAAAUUACCAUUGACAAUUGAUGCAAUCAAAAUUGUACGACAAACUAUGAAAUUUUCUUUCGUCCACAAAAAAGAAAAUCUUAUAUUUAAAACAUACAGCGAAGUACAAUCUUAAAUAUUGGCAGCUUUUAGGCAAACUUUUUACACAAGUAGCUAUCUUAUAUAUGCAUAUACAUGUAAAAGUAUGGUUGUGUAUCUCCGGCAUGAAUCAAAAAAUUAUGUGAAAGCGUGAAGGUCAUUUGAAUCUUUAUUUUAUUUUAUAUGAUGUAAAACAGCUAAUCAAUUCAAAUAAAUUUUAUACUGA